UCAUUUUUCUUUCUUUCUUUCUUUCUUUUUUCCUUCAUAUCGUAUUGUGACAUUCUGAAAACGCUAAACUUUAAUUGCAGUUGACAAAAGUACUUCAAUAACAAAUCUAUCAUGUAUUUUAAGAUUUGGAUUAAGCUUGUCGCGUGUAUUGUUUAAGUUUGAGACGUUUGUAAGCAUCCGGCGGCAUCAAUCAUAUAAAACCGAUUUUGGCGGCAGCUGAACUUACACUUACUCUCCCCCUAUUUCACGAUUUUAAAUUGUUUAAAGGGAUAUUUAAAGUACUGUUGAUUUUUUCUUUUCCCUUAUAAAGUAUAUUGUUAUGACUCUUAUGGGUGACAAAUUAAUCAAUUAAUCAACUGUUAAUAGAAACCUUUUUUAUAUAUUUGGCGAAAUUUCGAUGAUUCUUUAGGUUUGUUCAGAAAGCAUUUACGUCUCUAGAUUCCAACAGGAGCGAUACCUAUGCAGCAGAUCUAAGACUGGUAUUUCCUCUUUCAACAGGAUUUAUAAUCUGAGAACAAUAAGCUUUGAUGAUUGAAUGAGACGGGUAUAAGCCUGUCAAUGGCAUAGAACUCAAUAGGAAGAUUUUGUAUUUUCGAAUUGUAUUAUGAUUUUAUCCGGUAAAUAAACCCAUAUUUUUAUUACUAUUGGUCAUUACACAAAGACGACAUUCCCUCUACUAAAUGAAAACCAAAAGGGAGCAAAAGGUACAGGUAGACCACAACGCAACCACCUCGAACCUGUUUGUUAGAAAACUCGGGCGAUGAAAUGCAAGCUAGCAUUCAGAGUUUCUCUUUCUUUUAUCACCAAGCAUUAUCAUUUUAUUUCUUGGACUUCAUGUCGCAGGUUGCAGUUGCGGGAAAUAAAUUGCAAAAGAAAAUAUUAUCGCUUAAUUUUGAGAUGAUCCACGAGUGUUGUCUUUGGGUUGACAUAUACACCUAACGUGUUAAAAAAAAAAAACAAAAAAAAAAAUAAUAAUAUAAUUCCAAGGCCGUCAACAUAAAAGCAAUAUAAUUCCAAGUUCUUCAAUAUUUAAAAUUAAUUAAAUACUAAACAUUGUUAGAAGAAUAUUGUGUAUUUUAGGCGUCAAAAGGGUAUUAUUUGUCAUCGCUUAGCACCUUGAGAUUUAAUUGGGAGGUUUUUAUAGCAGUUAUGAAAUUUUGUUUAUCCUAGCAUGGCCAUAUCCGUACCAUGCCUCUGUUUGACUAGGAGGUUGUUUCACAAGUUAGGAUGUGUUUUAUAAUAGCUUGUCUGUGCCAUCGAUAAUUUAAGUUAUUUUAAAGUCGUCUAUGAAUUCUAGUAGUUUCUCUUUGGAUCGCUUUUAGAGUAUAUAAGACCAUUUCCAUCUGAAUGCGUUUCCAAUUACGGUCUUGUGAAGUUGAAAUGAUUGUGCACUUCAAAAAACACAAAUUAACUGUUUUUAAUGAUUGUGGACCGGAGUUGACAAAAUUUAGGCUUUCUGAGCGUGGUACGCGGGAUUGGUCUAUGUUAAAAGCGCACUUAGAUUAGCGAUGACAGUAAUAUUUGCAUUAAUCGCCCAGAGAGGAACACUUUAUUACCGACCGAGGGGGCAGCAUUUGAUCUCGUUUUGAAAAUCGAGGAGUAAAAUGGUCCUCUAGUAAAAUUCGGAAGCCAAGAAACGCCAACGAUGCCUCGCGUAACAAAGCUGCUCCUUGCGUGUGUACUUGCAUGCUCGUUAUGUCGAGAUGCUGGGACAUGGAGCAGUUGGGGUUCGUGCGACGUGUCUUGUGGGACUGGGCAACAGUUCAGAUCCUCGUGCAGCAUGGACAGAGAUCUGAAGAAUUGUCCUCCAGGUAGAAUUGCAUAUGAUUCCCAGGCCUGCUCGCAGCCACCUUGCAGCACAGGGAUGCUGGAGGCAACUUCGUAUCUGUUGAUAGCCUCAUCGCCUUCUGCUUCUCUAUCUUCACUUCGGCAUAUGACAAUCCACGAGUCUGCUACGGUAUCGUCAUCAGCUACAGUAUCGUCGACAGCAUCUCCAUCGAUAGCACCAUCUUCAUCAUUGUCAUCAACUUUGUCAACAUCAUCAUCAUCAAAACCGUUAUCCAGCGCUGUAUUAGAAACCUCUUCAAAUAUUUCUCCAUCACCAUCUUUCGUGUCGCCCUCGUCAGUUACUGUCGAUCAAUUUUCAUCGCGUUCUCCACCGCCGAGCAAAGAACCUAACAAACGAGAAGCCUUUCUCUCUGUGACUGAGAGCACAGCUUUGGUAGACUGUGUAUUUAGGCAGUUACGAGUAGCGUCUAUCCUGGAAUGUGCGGGUAUAUGCCUACGAACUCCCGAGUGCAAGUCAGUGAACUUUAAAGCCACCACAAGCAAAGACGACGAGGAAAACUGUUUUAUCAAUUUCUCUUCCCAUGCAGAAUCUUCUGUAAGCUCCAUUGAAGGUUACGUUUAUAUGUCGAAAGUAAGUUUAGGGGAUUGAAAGGAGCUCGUCUUCCCUUUACUACAAGCGUCCAAGAAAGAACAAGUGAGCACGGCAAAAUGUAUUCCCAACGCGCGAUUGAUAUUUAUUACGAAAAUCAACGCGUCAUGUGUGUUUGCUUUGUAAGGGGAGUUAUCAGUUGCGCUGUUGGGGUGUGGGACUCGGAUUACUGAAGUGGAAUAUGUUUGUCAACAGGGUCUUUGUUUGUAUAUUGCGGAUGUGUAUAUUGAGGAUCGAGAGUUACAGUAGAAGUGACGGGGUGUAAAAAAAAAAAAGUUAACUUGUAAAUUUAAAUUAAUUAACAACUUUUGUUUCGAGCGAGAAGGGAAGCCCUUCGUUCCUUCCCAGAUAUUAAGUGUAUGAAGCCAGAAUAAUUGCUUGUGAUCCAGUCGUGUUUAUUGGAAAAAAGCGACGUUUUUGCUCAGCUACCGACAGGGUUCGGUAAAAGCCUGCUGGUAUUCCAAAUAUUGCCACUUCAUUUCCAAGAACCCCCAAAACUGGCAACCCGAAUCUUCCCGAGAACCCUGUCGUUGUGGUUGUUUGACGGCUGAAGUCGAUCGUCCAAUAGCAAGCAAAUAAGCUCCAAGAUCUUGGAGAUCAGAUCUAUAUUGAGAAGAAUUCUUUCUUGAGUUUAAUUAAAUUUACAAGUGAAAAUUCGUGUGUACUGAACAAAAAGAAACAUAAUUAUUUCUGACGUUCCAUUUUGUUACAUCGAAAAAAAGAAACUUUUUUGAUUCCGUCCGAAAAAUUUUGAUUUCAUCUUCUGUCAGUUUUUAAUUCCGACUUCUGCUGGUAUCACGGCAUCACGCCCCAGAACUAGUCUUAUUAGGAAACUUUUUCAGCGGUAUUUUCCGGGCAGCGUUUUCGUGGCCGAGAAAAAAAAAAAAAAAAAAAAAAACAGAUCACGCCCCAGAACUAGUCUUAUUAGGAAACUUUUUCAGCGGUAAUUUUCCGGGCAGGGUUUUCGUGGCCGAGAAAAAAAGCGCUAGAUCAUUGAGCAUGCAUUUGGAACGGUACAGGAAAAGAACGUCGUCUAAACUAUAUUUAAAUUGAUGACUAUCUCUGCAUAUAAUGCAUCAUUGGAAUUCGAGGCGUUGACUCUAUAAGCAUGGGUUUUUUAUGCUUGGCCAAUGUUUUUAGGACUCGACAUGGACUUUGUUAUCUCACCUCCAUCACUUCAUAGCGAUUAACUUGGCCAGGGUUUAUACAUAUUCCUCUUCAAUAGGUAAUAAUCAAAAUCUGCAGAACUUUCAAGUGCGCGAAAAUCACUGCUUGUGUAAAUAUUCAUAUUUAGAGUAACGCCGCGCUCGUGUGUAUUAUAAUCAAUACAAUUACCCACACAAUUUAAUACAGUGAAUAAACCAACUUUAUCACGCAAA